AUGGGUGGAAACAACUCAACGGAAAAUUUGGAUGGAAAAAUAUUUGGACCAAGUGGAAGUCUCAUGAACAUUGAUGAUAUACUCAAGAUUCAAGAUGAGUUGAAAGACAAAUAUCCCAAACUGUCCGAGAUCUCAGAAGAAGAGAAAGUAGCAUUGAUGCCAAAGUUGCGGAGAGUGUACGAUUUAAUAGACAAUUGGCGAAGUGAUGUUUACCUUCAAUACCGUGAAAUGAAAGCAGUGACGAAAGAGGCCGAGCGAAGGGCAGAAGUGCCAAUAGAAAUACUUGGCGCUCUAGUCUCCCUUCUCGCCAUACUUCCUGGCCUAAAAGCAGCAUGGGGUUCCGUACAAAUUGCACACAUACUCAAGACAAGUGUCAUGACACAAAACGACAUAGCCGCAUUUCUUGGAAAAGGAUAUCAAGCGGCGAACUAUGCCAUCCUUAUUGGCUCGAAGAUUACCGAUAGUUGCAGACAAACAACAGCAACAACAACAUUU